CUGUGGUGUUGCCAUGUGUGCAGGGACUAUACCCCAAUAAUCCCAGAGUUAAAAGCUCAGUGUAUGUGGACGCAGCCAGGGUCUUUAGAAACAUCCAGGGAUUUUUUAUCAAAAUUGUGUCGAAGCCCACUUGUAGGCUAACCCUUGAACGGUCCAAAGGUCUGGGCGCUUAGUCAUUUUUCGGAGCACGGUGCUGACACUUGCACAACUUUUUAUUUCACUCUUCUCGAGUGUAGUACCGUUUACGUCAAGUUACGUUACGUUAAGUCACUGUGCACCUUUUUUUUUUUUAGACGCUCUAAAAGUGACCCUAGUUGAAAGAAGUCCGUGUAACUAACAUGUCAGCAACACGUAUGCAGUUGCUAUCACCCAGAAACGUCCAGCUUUUAAGCCGGGGGCGAAACGAAUUGUUAGCCGGUAUCAGUGGAGCGCAGCGCCCCGGUGUUGGCCCCAGGAUCCACUCACUCACCUCUCCCCUUCUGUCGUCCUCCUCUCCCGGCAGAGCUCUGUCGAGUCUGAGUGCGACGCGGCGUGGGCUCCCCAAAGAGAAAAUGUCCGAGAAUGGAGUGUCGUCCCGGGCCAAAGUGUUGACCAUCGACACCAUGAACCCCACGGUGAAGAAGGUGGAGUACGCCGUGCGGGGGCCCAUCGUGCAGCGGGCUUUGGAGUUGGAGAGGGAGCUCUCUCAGGGAAUGAAGAAGCCCUUCGUAGAGGUCAUCAAGGCCAACAUUGGUGACGCACAUGCUAUGGGGCAGCAGCCAAUCACUUUCUUCCGACAGGUCUUGGCGCUCUGCUCCUACCCUGAGCUGCUGAAUGACACCACAUUCCCAGAGGAUGCUAAAAGUAGAGCACGCCGCAUUCUGCAGUCCUGUGGAGGUUACAGUAUGGGCUCCUACAGUGCCAGUCAGGGCAUAGAGUCUGUGCGUCAGGAUGUGGCCCGCUACAUUGAGCGAAGAGAUGACGGGGUGCCCUGCGACCCAGACGACAUUUACCUCACCACGGGCGCCAGCGACGGCAUUGUGACCGUGCUGAAGCUGCUGGUGUGUGGCGAGGGUGCGGCCCGCACAGGUGUCAUGAUCUCCAUACCUCAGUAUCCCCUGUACUCGGCCGCUCUGGCCGAACUGAGCGCCGUGCAGAUCAACUAUUACCUUAACGAGGAAACGUGCUGGAGUAUGGACAUCAGCGAGCUGCAGCGCGCCCUGGACGAGGCCCGCCGCCACUGCAACCCCCGAGCCCUGUGCAUCAUCAACCCUGGAAACCCCACAGGUCAGGUUCAGAGCAGACAGUGCAUUGAGGACGUAAUCCGAUUUGCAGCAAAGGAGCGUCUCUUCCUCAUGGCUGACGAGGUGUACCAGGAUAAUGUGUAUGCUGAUAGUUGCAAGUUCCACUCUUUUAAGAAGGUUCUGUUUGACAUGGGGCCGGAGUACUCGAAUACAGUGGAGCUGGUGUCUUUCCACUCCACCUCCAAGUGUUACAUGGGAGAGUGUGGCUUCCGCGGAGGCUACAUGGAGAUCAUUAACAUGGACGAUGAGGUGAAGGCCCAGCUGACCAAGCUGGUGUCCGUCCGCCUGUGUCCUCCCGUUCCUGGACAAGCUCUGAUGGACCUGGUGGUCAACCCCCCGCAGACUGGGGAACCCUCGUAUGAUAAAUUUAUCAAGGAGCGCACAGCCACCUUAAGUGCCUUAGCAGAGAAGGCCACGCUUACAGAGCAGGUUCUCAACACUGUGCAAGGCAUCAGCUGCAAUCCUGUGCAGGGUGCUAUGUACUCCUUCCCUCGCAUAACCAUCCCUGAAAAGGCCAUCAAAGAGGCCACGGACAACGGUCAGCAGCCAGAUAUGUUUUACUGCAUGAAGCUGCUGGAGGAGACGGGGAUCUGCCUCGUACCUGGAAGCGGCUUUGGUCAGAAGGAUGGGACAUACCACUUCAGAAUGACCAUCUUGCCACCGAAAGACAAGCUGACGAUCCUGCUGAACAAAGUCAAGGAGUUCCACCAGAAAUUCACACAGCAGUAUUCUUAAAUUGCCUGUUUGCCACAUCUGUUCCUCUAUGUACAAAGGGAGGAACCCACCAACCACAACACAAAGAACUCAGCCAAUCAGAAUAUAUCUGUCACUAUUAAGUGCCUUUCCUACGGCGGCUCUUGUGGUCUCUGUGAUGACACACUUUAGCCUCGACAGCUAUCUCAUUCGGGCAUUCGCAGAUUGUAUACAAGGCACUGUUUUGUGCUGGAAAACAAAACAAAACUGGAAAUGAAGAAAUUAAUUCAGAGUCGUGUGUAAAAUGUGGUUUCAACUUUGAAGGAUAUAUGAACUGUAGGUCUGUGUAUUUGUGAAUAUGAGCAAUAGAUUGUCUAUGUGAAUGCCAAGAUAAAAUAAAAAGGUACAAUUGAAGGAAAAUGAUGCUGCUUUAAAACCAUUUAGUAUAUGUACAACUGGUUAAAAUAUUACAUUCCUGCAGGCAGUACUUGACAGGGAGAAUAUGUAGAAAAGUCUCCCAUUUGCAUGAUGAUUCAGAGAUGAUUUUGUAGAAUCAAAAUAAAUGUAACAGUUGCUA